GGUUAAUGGUUGGAGGGGUUGACGUCAUUCACCACCCGCGUCGUCAACGGCCGACUUACAUGCCGGAACCUGCUUCUAUAAAUCACCCGUGAUCCAGACCGCAGUCCGCAUCUGUGCCAUACCUUUCAUUGUCGUACUCUCACCAGAACCUGAACUGGCUACAGUUGUAAAUAUCAUAGUCAUCACAACCGUCACAGCCAUCACAGCCGCCCUUAAACCACAUACCAACAACACCACACCGUCACCACCACCAAACCCUGCCCGAGAGCAGACUCAGCCUCCCAAAAUGGCCGUGACAAGCGCUAUUACGGACCUCGUCAAGUCCGUCGGCGAGCUGCUAUCUUCGGUCCUCAGCGCCGCCUAUGCCAUCGUCCACUCCUUUGUCAGUGGCAUCCUCGGCCUGUUCGCAGGCUUCUUCGCCUUCGUUGGCGACAUCGGCAGGGGCGUGUUCGACCUGGCCGGAGGGAUGGGGAAGUUCGUUGUUGGUAUGUACGAUGUCUCGCGUUUUGUUGUCAUGGCAUCAUGGAACAAGACCGAUUACUGACUGAACCCCUCCCAGGAAAUGCUGCCAUCCUCGCCGUUCUCGCCGCCGCGGGCUACGCAUACGUGCGCUUCGUCCAGCAGCCACAGCAGGCCCGCAAGCCGGCCGUCACGAAUGGGGCCGGGGCCAAGAAAAAGACCAACUGAGCCUGCGGGCCAACGCGCGCGAGGGUUACUUUGGGAGUUGGCUUCUGUCGGGCGUGUUUUCCCUUGGUUGGCGUCAUGUUCAUGAUACCUUGGUCUGAGUUUAGUGUCUUCAGCACAUUCACAUAAUGCAACUGCUUAGUUAGAUCCGCGUGCCC